CAACGAUUUAAAAAAGUUUGCUUCUUUUAAUAUUUAAUAUUUUGAAAAGUUAAAAAGAAAUAAUUAAGUAAGUCAUAUAAUUUGUAGUAAAAGAAGGAGCAAUUCUACUUGAUUUUAAUAAUUAGUUAAAUAUUCUUAGUUUGUUAAGAAAUUGAGAUGGAUAGCGCGAGUGAAAAUGAAGAUUUAUCGACACAGUUUCUCCAUCAACAUCACGUCGCAGGGGAUCAAUAUAUCCUGAGUGGGGGGAGUAUCGAUGGGGACACGGAAGAUAGCAGAGAUGGUGACGACGAGCGACACACAGGGAUGCUUCGUGAACAAGAUAGAUUCCUCCCAAUUGCAAAUGUAGCAAGACUGAUGAAAAGAUCAAUUCCAAAGAGUGGAAAGGUAUUUUCGGAUAAAAUUGCGAAGGAUGCCCGUGAGUGUGUUCAAGAAUGUGUGAGCGAAUUUGUCAGUUUUAUCACAUCGGAAGCUUCGGACCGGUGUCACCAAGAAAAGCGGAAAACGAUAAACGGAGAAGACAUCCUCGUCGCAAUGACCACUCUUGGCUUUGACAACUAUGUGGAACCUUUAAAACUGUACCUUCAGAAAUACAGGGAAGCAAACAAGGGCGAUAAACCGCUGGGAAUUGGGGAAAGUUCAAGUCUGCUCCUGUCCCCUUCAGCCGUUGCGGGGACAAUGGUCACUGCUGCAACGACCUCAAACACUCCCGUGACGACGAAUACGAUCAACCCUGCGACCGUUUCCGCCCCACCGGGCACCGUCGUCUUUACAUAUGCGGACAUGAGUCAAGUUCAAGUGCAGCAGGGUCAACAACAACAAGCCAGCGGACAGCAGGAGCCAGAGUUUAUAGGCUAAAAGUGUUAAAUUUCCAAUCAUUUAUCAUGCCACGUCACAUCACUAAAUAUUGUUGCAAACUUCCAUUAUCUUGACUCUUUUCUUUCUCAUUCUUAAAGCGGUGGAUAUUUUUAACGUAAGUAGGAUUCGAUGACUCGUCCCAAAAAUCGUGAAAAUCGGCACAUUUUUAAUUAUUUCUACGCUCUGGGUAUUUAUUUUAAAAUUCUGGACGGGGAAUUUGUAGUGAGUAAAUUGAUUAGUAGAAUAGCGGUGAGUUUUUAAGCCAGUUUCGAUGAGUUUCAAUUUUUCUGAAGGGUUCAUAACCUUGGGAUCUCCUCCUUAGUGAGCGCGGAAGCCGUGGGGACGUUAACAUUAUAGGAUGGGGGGAGGGAGGGGUUUGUAUAAGAUGGGGAGAUGAUGCGGACAUCGAAUAAAUGUGGGGACAUUGACCCUCUGUCCCUAUGCUUCCGCGGCCACUCCUCCUCCUUCAAAAUCUGGACGACAGAUUUUUUUAAAUUGGCAACUACCCCCCUCCACAAAUUUGGCGUGCAGAAUUUUAAAAUAAAUUCCCAGAGCUAAGAAAUGAUUAAAAAUGUGUUGAUUUUGACCAUUUUAGCGACGAGUCAUGUGCCCCCCUACGUUACGGAAAAAUUUUGCCUGUAAGUGGGAGUGGUUAACUGGAUUUACUAUUUGACACUAUGCAAAUAAAGUAGCCACUCACGUCCACCGUCAGAAUUUUGAAUAUCAAGAAUAUCACCGCUAAAUAGACUUAUUAUGAUCUAAUUUUCAAAGGAGGCCGAACAUUUAAUUCCUCUGAUUUAAUUAAUUGAUAAUAGUGAAUUUUAAUUCAUGGAGAUCCAUUACGUAAAUAAUUUUCUUUUCGUACAAAGAAUGUCGUAUUAAUGUUAUCAUGAAUAUACAUACAUAUUUCUGAAAUAUGUAGCAAUAAAAUUUUAUUUCGUAAA